AUGUCGACCGAAGGAUUCCCCAUCGACGGACUGAAGGGUAGCCCCCUCAGUGCCAAGACACUCGCAGACAUGAGAUCCCGCUGUCGCCGCAUGCCUGAGAACGAGCUUCUGUGUCGCCAGGUGUUGGAACGUCUCCAACUCCUACACGACUUUGUGACAUCUUUGGGCUUCAAGGACCCAUCCAAAGUAAAGUAUAUGGACAUCGUCGUGCGGUUCGUCAAGCUCAUGCGCCGCAAGCCGCUGCUGCUGCGUCUGGCGAGCAGCGAGACGCUGGCUAUCACCAUCCGUGAGCUGCACCUCAAGCUCAGCGACGUAGGUCAAGCCCUAGGCGUGGCGGACAAGCCUGAAAGGACGAAGUGGGAGACCCAGUGGGACAGCGACCGUGACGAACAAUACGGCAAACUCAGUCAGUUGGUGUCCGGCGCCUCGGAACGGAUGCUCGUGAACGAGUUCCGGGGCGACAAGAAGGUGAAAGAGGUGCUUAUGAGUCUUAACAGUGGCAUGAAGUGGAAGGGCCAAUCGACCGAGAUGUUUGAGCUUAAGCAAACUACUUUCAGUCGUGUGUCGACGUACUUAAACCAAAAGGGGCUGCGAAUGUUCGAUUGGUUUAUCCCGAUCGACGAUGUCGAGUACGAAGACGAAGCGAUAGGAGACCGAGGAACAUUCGGAGACGCGAGUAGAGGCACGUGGGUGCAUGAUGGAAAACGAACGGAAGUGGUGGUUAAAAGACUGCUCCCUGAGACGUCCGGUGACUCGGACAACGCAUUCCUCCGUCAGCUAGAGCUGUGGGGAAAUCUUCCGGAUAACGAGCAUAUUUUGAAACUCUACGGCGGGUCACAUGUUAGUAACCCGCAGUUUUAUGUGUGCGAGAACGCACACUAUGGCAACCUCGCAGACUUUCUGAAGGACAAAGAGCACAGUUUCCUGUUUUGGCGGCUUUUUAAGCAAGUCACUCUUGGUCUCAAGUUUCUACACGACAGGAAAACCGUUCAUGGAGGACUAAGGUGCAGCAAUAUCCUGGUCGGAGCGAACUUCACUGCAAAACUCGCUGACUUUGGCUUCAGUACGGUUCGCACUCUGUCGGCGGGUUUGAGUGGGAAUGCGGACAAGGCGAAUGCCAAGUCGGUACGCUGGAAACCGAAGGAAGUGCUGGAGGAGACCGGUAUGGAUGAGCCACGCUUUAAGUCCGAUAUCUACUCACUCGCCAUGUGCAUGAUCGAAGCAAAGAACCAAGAAGCUCCAUUUGGGUUGAUGGACGACUCGGAGGUGAUGUGA